GCGUGUUUGUUUUGAUUGUGCAAAGGUUACUCGAAGUUAUACGCAUUAUUUUCAUAAGUAUUUUGUGUUAUUAGUGUGGAUUGUAAAAAGAAGUAAUGCACAGUAGCACAAGAUUUGUAAGGCAUUUGACACGUAAUUCAGCACAAGUUCUCCGGCAAGAAAUAUCGUCAAAUCCAUUAGUAAAUAAUGGCAAUAAUAAACAAUUAGAAAUAACAGUAAAUGGCCAUACAGCUUUUGUGGAGUAUAAACCGCAUGGAAAAGUUUACCACUUGAUUCAUACACAGAUACCUGAUGCUCUCCAAGGUUAUGGUCUAGGGGGUAUUUUAGCAGAGAGAGUUUUCAAUUACGUGAUAGCCAACAACUUAAAAAUGAAGAUUCAUUGUGAAUUUCUUGCCUCUAUGAUUAAUAAAAACGAAGGAAAAUACAGCAAAUAUGUAGUGGAAUGAAAAAUAAAUUGAAUUUCAAUUAUCUUAUUUUAUUUAUAACCAUUAAUAGAUACAAUGGAUGAAACUGACCAGAAGGCUAAAAUAUUUUACUUCUUUAGAGAAAAAUAUUACAAUCAAAUGAUUAACGCAUGCAAUGAUGCUAUUGCUAAAUACAAAACAGACGUUUCCCUUCAUUUAUAUCAUGCGCUUGCUUUAAUUUUAAUAAACCGUUUAGAGGAGGGUAUUCAUGAACUUGAAAGUAUCGCUUUGGAAUCUGAAGUUAAAUUAGCGACGACCAUUGCGUUAAUUUACGGAAACAAACUCCUCGGUGGGUCCAAAGAACUUUUUAUAAGACUUGAUAAUCAGAUGCGCGAAGUUCGCAAAAGUACUGAUGCUCUUGGAUUUUAUCAUUCUGCAUUUGUAUUGGUUGCUUAUAAUAAACUAGAAAAAGCUAUAGAUUAUCUAGAUAAAGCAAUAAAUCUUGAUAAUACUUUAUAUGAAGCGUACGAUUUAAAAGGGUGGAUCCUUAUUUUACUUCGCCAAAAUGGCCAACGUACCACGGUUAACGCCAAAAAUGUAUUUCAAACCUCAUUGGAUGGAAAUCCUAAGAAUUUAAAUGCCAUAAUGGGCCUUACUGAAUGUUAUAUAUAUCAGAAUGAUUUUAAAGAAGCUUUAAAUAUUAUUAAUAGAGCUGUCGUUAAAUAUUCUACAAUAAAUUUACCUAUAAUUCAAAAAAUGAAAAUUCAAUUUGCACAAAAAGAUUGGGAUCAAGCAAUUGAGACAAUGGUUAGAGUGAAAAAUGUAUCUCCAGAUAAUUUGGAUUCUUUAAAACAGAACAUCGUAAUAUUACUUUGUCGCGAUGCAAACUAUGAGGAAGCAGCCGCAUGCAUUAGAAACUACAUCAAGGAAUUGAAUACAAUAGAACCAAACAACAGUAUUAUUUGUCUAGAGACUGCACGUCUAUUCUCUAGAAUAUGUGGAAAAAAUCUUGAAAUAUUGAGCGAAAUUAAAAAUCUGCUAGAUAUGUUGGUCCAAAGUAAUUCAGAAAAUUCUGAUGUGGUUGUAGAGUUGGGUUAUCAAAGCUUAUUACGUGGCCAAGUUAAGGAAGCCCUGAGAUAUUUUAAAAUGGCAACAAAAAUAGAUGAAAGUUCUCUGCCAGCCCUAAUAGGAUUAUCCAUUUGCGAAUUCACAGAAAAUGGGAAAACCGAUCAGUUAAAACAACAAGUUGAAUUCUUACAAGAAUUUAAAGAUGCUCAAAACUCUGCCUUAUUGUACUUUAUUCAAGCGAAGAUAGCCAAUUUUUCUGAAGAAGCAUUAACUCUACUUAAAAGAGUUUGUGAAAUACAUUUCACACCAUUAAAGAACUAUCCAUAUUCCGAUCACUAUUUACUCAUGUUAAAUCCGAAUUUUACACUUGACAUUGUUAAGGAAUAUCUACAACAUAUCUCUGGUACCCAAGAAUCAAAACAGCUCUCGAGUACUGACAAAACACUCACUUCAGCUGUAGAAAUAUUGCAUAUGCUUGUUUCGGCUUGUCCAGGCUUAAUAGAGCCAUUGUACUUAUUAUCAAAACUACAAUAUUUGAGCGGAGAUUACACCCUAGCGUUAGAAACUUUGGAAAAAAUACUUUCGAAAGCAAGUUCACAUGUGGAUGCCCACUUAUUGAUGGCCCAGAUCCAAUUGCAGCAAGGUUUAUACGACAGAGCCGCCCAAAGUUUAGAAAUUUGUGUCAACAAUGACUUCAGGGUUCGGGAAUAUCCAUUAUAUCAUUAUAUAUCUGCUGUGGUGGAUAAGAAAAACGGCAUUUACCCAGAAGCAGUUAAAUCUUUAACAACUGCAAUUACUUUAGCUAAUACACAAUCUACUAAGGAGGGACAUAUGCGAUUGACUUUGGCCGAGAAAGCGUCUAUUUAUGUGGAGUUAAUAGAUUGUCUGAAUGUUAUGGAACAAACCGAAGAGGCAUCAAAAAUUUUGGAAGAAGCUACUAGGGAACUGAAAGGAACAUCCGAAGAAUCACGCAUAUUUUUACUAAGCGUUGACAAUUUUCUUUCCCGGAAAAACAUCCAGGGAGCAUUACAGAUACUGGAGAAUAUUAAAUCUAAUGAAUCGUGUUAUUUGGAGGCUCAAAAGAAGCGAGCAGAUAUAUUACUUAAAUACAGAAAUGACAAAUUUGCAUAUCUUGAAUGUUACAAAAAAUUGAUUGGCGACAAUCCUGGAUCUGAAGAGUAUAUUGCUCUGGGAGAUGCAUAUUUGGUAAUCUUGGAACCGGACGACGCUUUAGAUAGUUAUGGAAAAGCUCUUCAGAUAAAUCCAUCCGAUUCGUAUUUAAUUUUAAAGAUGGGUCGAGCUCUUGUUCAAACUCAUUAUUUUGGAAGAGCCGUCAAAUAUUAUGAAAAUGCUAUUAAAACGAGUUCGGAUCCACAAUUAAAGUUAGAUCUAGCGGAACUAUUUAUGAAUUUAAAGGAAUACUCAAAAGCCGAAAAUUUAUUAGCUGGCGAAUGUGACAAAGACAAUGCAACAGACGAUAUUACAAAUUUGGAAUAUAAGAUUAAAGUAUAUAACCUAUUGGGGCAAAUAAAGGAAAAAUCUGGCAAUAUCAAAGAUGCUAUAAAGACUUUUCGAGAUGCUAUGGAAACCCAGAAUAGGUUGAGGAAACGACUUGCGAUUGAUUAUAAUGGUAAUUCACAACAGGAAGAAAUUGUGGAAACUGCUUUAAAAUUGGCCGAAUUAUCAAUUUCAAUCAAGAAUACGGACGACGCAGUUAAUUUUUACAAAGAAUGUUUGAAUGUGUCGCCAAACAAUGUGAAUAUUAUGGUCUCUCUAGCAAAAUUAUAUAUGCAAAUGAAUUUUUUGGAAUUAUGUCAACAAACUUGUACCAAUAUCUUACGAAUUGACAAUGAAAACGAAGCUGCUUCUGUUAUGAUGGCUGACAUUGCAUUUCAUAAGAUAGACUUUGAUAUGGCCUUAUUCCAUUUUACUCAACUUAUCUCGAAACAGCCAACCAAUUGGGCGGCUCUGGUAAGAUUAAUUGAAAUACUAAGACGAACUGGUAAUUUGGAAGAUUUGCCUGAAUAUUUGACCACCGCAGAAGUCCGAUGUGAAAAUCCAACGAAAGAGUCAGGCUUUCUGUUUUGCACGGCACUGUAUCAGUGGUAUAUUGGAAAUCUUAAUGGUGCAUUGAAAAAUUUUAAUAGCUCUAGACAGGAUCCAGAAUAUGGUCUAAAAGCUAUCUAUAAUAUGAUUGAAAUUUGUUUGAAUCCCGAUGAUGAGAUGCUUGCAGAACAAUUUAUGGAUAGUGAGGAUAUUGAAUACAGAGAUUCAAGGUCUAUGGCAUUAAAAACAGCUGACCGUUUACUGAAGGAAUUAAAGCAACGUUUAGAAGCUUCUGGCGAGGACAUGUUAAAAUAUCGUCUUUUAACAAAUUUUAGACUUUUGGCUACGAAGGACAAAUAUAACAUUGAGAGAGCUCUAGAGGGAUUUGUUGCCAUUGUUUCAGAGAAUUCAUAUAAGGAUAAUAUAGGAGGAACACUCGGCAUAUCGACAGCAUACACAUUGCUCAAACAAACACAAAGGGCCAAAAAUCAGUUAAAGAGAAUUGUAAAGUCGACUUGGACUUUUGAUGACGCCGAGUACUUAGAACGAUGUUGGUUGUUGUUGGCGGAUUAUUAUAUUCAGUCGGCAAAAUUCGACGUGGCCUCAGAUUUAAUUCAAAAAGUCAUUACACACAACAAAAGUUGUACCAAAGCUCACGAAUAUUUGGGUUUUAUUUCGGAAAAAGAACAAAGAUACAAAGAUGCAAUAACCAAUUAUGAAUAUGCCUGGAGGUUUGGUGGAAAGUGCAAUCCGACAAUUGGAUUCAAACUAGCUUAUGUAUUAAUGAAAUGUAAGAAAUAUCCUGCUGCAAUUGAUAUUGCACAGGAAGUUUUAAAAUUAAAUCCUGAGUAUCCUAGAGUAAAAAAAGACAUAUUAGAUAAAUGUAUGACUAAUUUGAGAUCUUAAAUAAGUAGUGAUAAAUUUUAUUUAAAUUUUUAACAGUAUAUUUAUAUUUAUUUAUGUACUUAUGUUAUCUACAUAAUAGUGCCUUAAGCUUAUAAUGCAUUAAAUGUCGUUUUUUGUUGAAAAUGUCUUGAAACUAUUAUAAAGUAGCUCGUAAAACUCUUUUUAGAAUUAGAAUAAAAAACUGUUUGCACUGAGUAUUAUAGUAUAUUUUUCGCUACACUCAGAUAUGUUUACAAUAUAUAUAUUCAAUAAAUCAUAUAAAUUAUC